GCGGCGUUUUGGGCGGCUCUGCAAAUUCUGGGUGCCCGGCAAGGCUGCUCCUGGGCCCAGCUCUGGGCAGAUGCCACCAGGAAAACCUCUGGAAGAAGUUCUGUUUGCAGGAUCCCAUCUGGCUCAGUCACCAGGACCAGAAGUUUCGUCUUCUGAGCUUUCAGACUCGUCCUGGAGCUCAUCCUCCUGCCCAUCUUUCAACCUUUUGGCCAAAGUUCUGCUUGUUAGUUUCCUGGGAUAGAAAGCCCUGGAAGUGAACAACCUCUAGAAACUAUGCAGAGAGAGGAACACUUUGGCCAAAGGUCCCUUCAGAGGAAUCUGGGGAGACCCUUGAAAUGCUCCAAAUGCGGAAAAUCCUUUGCUCACCGGUCCCUCCUUUUGAUCCACCGGAACCUGCAUACGGGGAAUGGAUCCCACCUGUGUUUUCUUUGUGGGAACUCCUUUCCUGGAAUGUGGAGCUUUGCCAAACAUCUCCAGAGCCACCCUGGACUGAAGCCUUACAAAUGCGGAGAGUGCGGGGAGCGUUUUGCUAAAGGCUCAGACCUUGGAGCCCAUCAGCGAAUCCACCAGGGAAAGAGAUCUCAGGAAUCCUGGAAGCGCUGGGGAAGAUUUCCUGGGAGACGGCGUCUUUCUAGGCCUCAGAACAGCCCGACUAAAGAGAAGCCCUGCAAGUGUGUGCAAUGUGGGCUGUGCUUUUCUCAAACCUCGCAGCUGCUUAAACAUCAACAAAUCCACACCAGAGAGAAACCUUAUCAGUGUCUGGAGUGUGGGAAAUCUUUCUGUUAUAAACAAUGUUUUAGAAAACAUGAGAAAAUUCACACAGGGCAGAGUCCUUAUAAAUGCUUUGAGUAUGGAAAAUGUUUCACUCGGAGCUCAUCUCUUCGCAAACAUAAUAAAACACACACAAAGGAGGAAAGCAAAACGUGCCGAGAAUGUGGGAAAUGUUUUUCCAGUAAGUCAUACUUGCUGCAACAUCAGAGAAUUCAUACCGGAGAAAGACCACAUGAGUGCCUGGAAUGCGGGAGAUGUUUUGUUGAAAAGUCUCACCUAAUUCGACAUCAGAGACUUCACACUGGAGAAAGACCCUAUCAGUGCCCAAAAUGUGGAAAACGUUUUUCUCAAAGGACACACCUAAUUCGACAUCAGAGAAUUCACACUGAGAACAGACCCUAUCAAUGCCCGGAAUGUGAGAAAAGAUUUGUGGAUUCUUCUGAACUACAGAGACACCAAAGGACUCACAGGGGAGAAAUACUAUAUAAAGGUAAGUCACACACUGGGGAAAGACCCCAUGAAUGCCCAGAAUGUGGAAAACGUUUUUUCCGAAGGGAACACCAGAUUCGACAUAUGAAAGUUCACACCGGAGAAAGACCCUAUGACUGCCCAGAAUGUGGGAGCUGUUAUGGUGAAAAGUCUCACCUAAUUCGACAUCAGAGAAUUCACACUGGAGAAAGACCCUAUCAAUGCCCAGAAUGUGAGAAAAGAUUUGUGGACUCUGCUACACUUCGGAGACACCAAAGGACCCACAGUGGAGAAAAACUAUAUAAAUGUAAGGAUUGUGAUAAAUGUUUUUCUCUAAAGGCAAAUCUUUUUGAACAUCAGAAUAUCCAUACAGGGGUGAAGCCCUUUAUGUGCAUUGAAUGUGGAAGAUUUUUCCGUACAAUACAAAUCCUCAAAAAUCAUGAGAAUGUUCACAGAGGGGAAAAAAAGUUCAAAUGUUUGGAAUGUGGGAAAGCAUUUGCUCGUUCAUCAUCCCUUAGAAUUCACUGCCAAGCCCAUACAGGUGAGAAAUGCCACAAAUGCUCAGUGUGUGAGAAAUCUUUUAUCCGGAAAAGUACACUUUUAAUGCAUCAGCGAAGCCACUUAGAGAAGCAAUAUAAAUGUCCGGAGUGUGAGAAAACUUUCCGUUGCAAAUAUUCUCUUAGAAAACAUGAGAGGAUUCACACAGGAGAGAAGCCCGAGAAGCCUUACAACCAUAUGCAGAAAAAUGAAAAGUGCCCAGAAUGUGGGAAAUGUUUUGGCUACAAGUCACACCUUAUUCGACAUCAGAGAAUUCACACUGGGGACAGACCUUAUCAAUGCCCAGAAUGCGAGAAAAAAUUUGUGGAUUCUUCUGAACUACGGAGGCAUCAAAGGAUGCACAGGGGAGAAAUAUUAUAUAAAGGUGAGUCACACACUGGGGAAAGAUCCCAUGAAUGCCCAGAAUGUGGAAAACGUUUUUUCCGAAGGGAACACCAAAUUCGACAUCAAAGAAUUCACACUGGAGAAAGACCCCAUGAAUGCCCAGAAUGUGAGAAACGAUUUGUGGACUCUGCUACACUUCGGAGACACCAAAGGACACACACGGGAGAAAAACUAUAUAAAUGUAAGGAUUGUGAUAAAUGUUUUUUUAAAAUGUCAAAUCUUUCUCAACAUCUGAGCAUCCAUACAGGGGUGAAGCCCUUUAUGUGCAUUGAAUGUGGAAGAUUUUUCCGUACAAUACAAAAUCUCAGAAGUCAUGAGAAUGUUCACAGAAGGGAAAAAAAGUUCAAAUGUUUAGAAUGUGGAAAAGCAUUUGGUCGUCCAUCAACCCUUAGAAGUCACUGCCAAAUCCAUACGGGUCAGAAACCCCACAAAUGCAAACUCUGUGAGAAAUCUUUUGUCCGGAAAGAUGGACUUGUGAUGCAUCAGAGAAGCCAUUUAGAGAAGCAAUAUAAAUGUCCGGAAUGUGAGAAAACUUUUCACUGCAAAUAUUAUCUUAGAGAACAUGAGAUGCUUCACAAAGGAGAGAAGCCUUACAACCAUAUGCAGAAAAAUGAAAAAUGCCCAGAAUGUGGGAAAUGUUUUGCCAGAAAGUCACACCUAAUUCAACAUCAGAGACUUCACACCGGAGAAAGACCCCAUCAAUGCCCAGAAUGUGGGAGAUGUUUUGGCUACAAGUCACACCUAAUUCGACAUCAGAAACUUCACACUGGAGACAGACCUUAUCAAUGCCCAGAAUGUGAGAAAACAUUUGUGGAGUCUGCUGAACUUCGGAGACAUCAGAAGGGACACACAGAAGAGAGGUCCUGUAAAUGUGCGGAGUGUGGGAAAGGUUUUGUCACAGAAACACGACUACAGGCUCAUCAGAGAAUCCACACGGGGGAGAAGCCAUACCUGUGUGUGGAGUGUGGGAAAUGUUUUUCCCAAAAACAAAACCUUGCAAGGCAUCAAAAGGUCCAUACACGAAUGAAGCCAUAGAAAUGCAUAGAAAGCGGUAAUGUUUUCAAACAUUUUCUGAUGUCAAAAGUGAGACAUCAGAAAAAUCACAUGGAAAAAACCCUUAUAGGCCCAGAUGGUAGAACAGUUUGUCAUAGUUGUUCAAUCCUUAGAAGUCAGUUCAUAAAGGGGUGGUGGAAUAGAAACUCUUAGAUCAUGGGAGAGCGUUUUCUUGUCAAUCGUCCCUUAAAAAUCACACUAAUCCAUAUAGGAAAGAUGCACUUCAAAUGUUUGAAGUGUGGAAAAAUACUCUUUCGGUAUCAGUGAAUUCUUACUGGAGAGAAACUUUUAUCAGGGCUUAGAAUGUGGCAAAGAUUUUUAUCGGAUCAUCAGAUCUUCAGAUGCACAUGAAAACCCCACACAGGAGGAAAACCUUACAGGUGUAUAACAUGAGAAUACUUUUCCUUGCCACUUGGAACAUCUUGCCUCCUGGAGUUUGUCCGUUAAAAUUGCCUCCUUAGAAAUUUUCUUUCUUUUUUUUUUUUUUUUGCAUUUAUAUCCCGCCCUUCUCCGAAGACUCAGGGCGGCUUACACUAUGUCAAGCAAUAGUCUUCAUCCAUUUGUAUACUAUAUACAAAGUCAACUUAUUGCCCCCCGACAAUCUGGGUCCUCAUUUUACCUACCUUAUAAAGGAUGGAAGGCUGAGUCAACCUUGGGCCUGGUGGGACUUGAACCUGCAAUCUUGCAAUCAGUUGCUGUUAAUAAUAGGCUGCAAAAUUUUCUUGCCAAAUUAAAUUUUGUUACAAUUUUUAAAAUUUUUAAUUCUAAGACCUGAAUAUGGAAAUCUGAUAUGACUGUGAAAACCUAAUAUCUAAUGUGAAAUUGUCUGAAAUUGUUUAAAGGACUCCUGCCUUGGGCAGGGAAGAUAGGACUAGAAGACUGCAGCUCUGUUAUUCUGUGAUAGCUUCCUUCUAGCCCUAUGAUUCUAAGAAUUUUUUUAAAAAAAGGGAAGUGCAUGAAAAGCAAAAGAAGAGUUCAUUUAGUGACCAUUCAAAGCUACAGUGGCAAUGAAAAAAGGAACCUAUGACCAUUUCUCAUUAUCCCCAUUGUCACAUGAUCAAAAUUCAAAUGCUUGACGACUGAUUCUCAUGUCAUUAGUUCAUUAGCUGGUUUUCAGUUCAAUAGCUAAUAGAAAAGAAGUUGACCAAAAUAAAAAAACCGAAGACAAAAUAGAAUCGAUGAGGAAAAGUGAUUUAGAAGAAAUGAUACAAAAAUAAGACAUUUGGAUAUUGUUACAAAGAAUACAAAUUCAGUGUCAAAAUAAUUGUGAUAAGGCAUGGAAUUGUAUUGAAAAAGAUGUGUUCAGGUGAGAAAAAAUACAAUUAUCACUGAUUAUAGAAGUUCUAUGAUUAAAAGAAACUAUAUUACUAGACUGAUGUUUCUGUUUUAAACAAUACCUAUCUGGACAAUGGGUGCACCACAUAACCAAUGACAGGAAGAUAUAUAUAAGUUUAUAUGGCAGGAGAAAAACCAAGAGUUUAAUUUAAAACUAUUCAAGACCAAAGAGAAAGAGGAUGAUUAGGAUUCCCUGAUUAAAAAUUGUAAUUUUCAGCCUGCUUGCUUUGGAUGAAAGAGUGGUUAUUGCUGAGCAAUAAGAGGAUUUUAAAAUGAAAAGGGUAUGGCUUUUUUAUGGUCCAGCUUCAACAAUAGAAACAUAGAUAGUGCCAAAAAACGAGUUCAUGAAUCUCGGCAUAAGAAACAUUUGAUGGAAAAGAAAGAGUAGACCACAAUAAAUGGAUAAAGUGUCAUAUCCUGAUAUCUUACACUUUUUGUCUCAUUUCUUUGAACCACUUUUCCCAUCAAUUUAUCAAUAGGUAGUCGACUCAAAAAUGUACAAUGCUGUUACGACUCUGUGGUUGGAGCAGUUGGUAACUGACAACACUAGGCUCAACAAUUGCUUAAAUCUCAUCUUCUGUAAUACUUAAAUUCAAUUUAUGGCUUACAACUUAAAGAACCAUUUUCCAACAGUAAUCACAGCUUGAUAGAUUGUCCCAAUUUGUGUCCUUGCAAACAGGUCAUAAUGACGGUACUUCAAAUGAUAACUUUAAAAAAGCCAACUAUAAUCUCAUAGCUGCCGACCUCGCAUCCCUUGAUUGGCACUUUCUGUUCACAGGUUGAAAAACUGCAGAUGACUAUAACACUGUUUUACUCUAAAUCAAUAGAGUCGUUAAUCUAUACGUAACAAAAAUGACCUCUCAAGCUAAAAACAACAAAUUAAGUUGCAAUCGAAGAAAAAAUCUCUUUGGCGAGAAGACAAAACUGGCUACGUAGCUAACUUUAAAGGCCGCUACAAAGCCUUAUGCCGCCAGAUAAAGGGCAAAUGUACCAACUACUAUUGCAAACAGUAGGAAGCGCUGUUAAACUCAAAGUCUACCUGAGCCUUCUAUAAUUUUGUUAACGCAAAACUUAAAGACUCAAAAACAAUCCCACCCUUAAAAGGGUUUAAAGGGGAAGACUGUAACAAUGAUGCUGUUAAGGCCAACCUUUUCAAUACGUUUUUCAGUUUGGUCUUUGUUGACAGCAAUGGCCAUUGUCCCUCACUUCCUAGUUGCACCAGGGUUGGGUUUCACUUACCUUUGCUACAGGUUCGCUUGGGCGCGCCCUAUCUGCACAUACACAUUAGCUUCUGUGAGUGUGCAGAUUGUUUUUGAUUACUUCCAGGUGGGUGUGCGGAGCCUCCUGCCACCACUGCUACCGAUUCGCCUGAACCAGGGCUAACCGGUAGCAACCCACCACUGAGUUGCACCAUAAUAAAUUGCAGCGAUUUACUAUAUAUUGAUUUUACAGUAGAUAAUGUUAAACGGCCUUACAAAACCUAAAGCCAUCCUUAUCUACUGGCCCCGAUGGACUAUGUGCCUACUUUUUGAAAAAGCUUGCUAACUGCCCUAGCCAAGUCACUAUGCACAAUCUAUGAGGUAUCUUCAAACCAGCUCCCUGCCCAACCUAUGGUAGCUAGCCACAGUUAUACCAACCUUUAAAAAAGGGGACCCUAGUCUAGUCGAAAAUUACAGACUAAUCUCCCUGUGUUGCGUCACCUGUAAAGUCAUGGAAUCAAUUAUAUACCAACCCAUCACCUGCCAUCUAGAGAAAAACAACCGGCUAUCUCACAAGCAGUUUGGUUUUAGAAAAAAAUUGUCCUGUAAUCUGCAACUCCUUCACUGUAAAAACAUCUGGACCAUACAUCUUUUUUUUUUGCAAUUUUUUUCAUUUUUUAUAAACAUAAUAGUAAAAAACAUCAUAGUGAACAGAGUGUCAGUCAAGUACAUGCUUAAACCCAUUUCAAAUUUCAUCCCUCGUUGUAUUCUAUACAAUAUAUUUCCUUCUUCAUUCAAAUUAAAUUAAUAGUUUUGCACAUCUCUAAUAAAUGUCAUGUUCCAUACCAUUAAAAUUUAAAUGAAGUCUAGUCCCAUAUUUAAAUUCCCUAAAACCUCCUUUAAUUCUCUUAUUAGCUUCUUAAAUUCCACAAAUUUAAACAUAUCUAGAUUACUUUUAAUCAGAGGUCAGACGGUCUAAAAACCUUUCCAUAAAGCUGCCCUGCAAUCGCAUAGACAUUUCCAUCAUACUUAGGAUUAGUCCUGAAAUCACAAAGACUAUUCCCUCUUAUCAACCUCCUGUGUCUCUAAGUAACAUACAUUUCUAUAUCAUCAAUUCUCAAUAAAAAAACCCAAAACCAGCUUAAAAUUGUGAAGCAUAGGUAUUAUUACUAUUCUCUUGGAAGCUUUAUCGCUAAACAUUUUAAAUUCCUCACAUAUUCUUUAGAUAGAAAGAAAGAAAAGAAAAAGAAAAAAGAUAGCCCAUUAAAUUUUCCAAAACUCAAUUCCCACCUUCCUCUUCUACAGUUGUCACUUUUAUUCUUACAUGAAUGCAGAGCUAAGUGGCCUUUAAUAUCUUUAAAACUGAGGUCAGCCAUCCAAAAUCCUUUCUUGAAACUGUCAUACAAUCUGGGGAAUAGUUCUGAAAUCACAAAACCAUUCCAUUCUUGACUUUCUUUCUCUGCCGCUAUCUUAUAACAAAAUGGCCUUUAAUAUGUUUAAAUCAGAGGUCAGCCAUCCAAUAUCCUUUUUUGAAGCUGUGCCAUCUGGGGAAUGGUUCUGAAAUCACAAAAACCAUUCCAUUCUUGACUUUCUUUCUCUGCCUCUAGAUAUUCUCUUGGUAUCCUCUUAAUAUAGUUAAAAUUCGCGAAUAGCAGAGUGGCCAGUCUAUUUUGUUUAAAGACAAUUAAGCUGCUUCUUGUGUCAUUUCUUCCUCUGCCUUUAAGUGUAGCACAUUCUCCAUUUUAUUUCUGUAGUGUUAGACCAUAUUUUCUACAAGUAAGAGUAGAGAUUCUAAGGCACUUCCCUGAUUACUGAUGAACGCAUGGCUUAUUUCCCAGCCCGAAAGCAGUUUCACUUUCAGCUCAGACAGAAUCAAUUGCUUAGCUAAUCUAUUUCCUCAGUGAUCAACUAAUGCUGGCUGGCUUUGCUGGCUGAGGAACUCUGGGAAUUGAAGUCCACAAUAAAAUAAAAUAAAAAAAUAAAAUAAAAUAUUUGUGCAGCUUUCUGAGAUUUGGUGUUUUUGUAGUGUUUCACUCUAACUACACAAACACACAAAAUCUCAGAAAGCUGUAUGUGGCAUUUUGUAUGUGUGUGUGUGUGUGUGUCAGUUGUGUUCUAUAUGUGUAAAGUGAAAGUUGGUUUUUGAGCUUUUUGUGGCUGUGUGAAGUGUGACGUGCAGCUACUUUUACAUUGUGUGUGAGUCAGUUGUGUUGUGUUGUGUGUGUGUAAAGUGUGAAAGUUGGUUUUUGGUACCUCUUAUUGUUUUUUAUACUUUAUUAUUUUUAUUAUUUAUUGUUAUUGGCCACGCCCACCCAGUCAUCUGGCCACCAAGCUACACCCACCAAUUAAGCCACGCCCACAGAACCGGUAGGGAAAAAUUUUAGAUUUCACCUCUGCUCCAACCUUCACAGCUUCAGCCACAAACUGUCUACCGUGGACUUCGCCCCAUUUCUAAGAGGUCCGUGAAAGGGGUGUGUAUAAGUGCACCUGCGUGCCUACCGUCCCUGUCUUGCUGUUCCCAAUAUACCUGUAUUUGCUUCCAUUGUUCAUGUUUUGUUUAUACUUGUACUUGCUUCCUUGUUCAUGUUUGACAAACAUACUGAAUAAAUAAACAAAUAAAUAAACAUAAAUAAAUAAAUAAAAGGUGAAGUCAAAAGAAUGUGGAGAUGUUUUGUUGAAAAGUCACACCUAAUUUUGACAUCAAAGUCUUCACACUGGAGACAGAG